AUGUCGUUGCAAGUUUGUUGUCUUUUUCUUCUCGGAUUCUUUUCCAAUUUUGAAAGUCUAGAAAAAGAAGCCGCAGGAUACAAAGCGGGCUCCAAUUAAAAAAGUAGGACGGAGAAAAAAAGGAAGUGAGUUGUGUGGAGAAAGAGGAAAACAAAAUAAGGAGCUUAGAUGAAAUCGAGAGGAAGAGAUCAACUGAUAACCUGAGAAAGAUGAGCGACAGCGACGGACACGGCGACGAGGAUGAGAGGAAGUUUCCGUUCAGCAAGCCAGUCGAGUUCCCGAGGAAGGUCGAACCAACGCCAGAGCAAAAAGUCGUUUUUGAGAAGUUUGUCAACGUAAGAACCGAGCCAAAACGUCAAGAAAAAUCAGAAAUUCCGUUCAGAGUAUAGUGAAAACCGGCGUAGAAGGUCUUCUGGCCCAGUACCAGUCGGUCAGAGCCUACAUUCCGCCGAAUAUGAAAAGAGACGCCUUCGACGCGAAUCCAUCCAAAAACCGAUACAAAGGUUUCCAUUUGGAGUUCAAGAAGUGAGAAGGAUCUUGAAGACGUCGUCUGCAAUGGAGAAACCCGGGUGGUUCUGAAGGAUGGCCGGGAAGGCGACUACAUCCACGCCAACUUCGUCAAAGGCCUUCUCAAGCCCUUCUACUUGACACAAGUUUGUUCUGGGAGAAAAUUGUAGAACAAUAUGACUUGAAAAAAAGUCGGAAUAUAUGGUAGAAAAGAAUAGAAAAACUGAAUUUUCCCUUGAAUUUUUUUUUUUUUGAAAAGCCUCCCACAGGGAAGGUCAUUUUACUUUGCGGUUGGGAACUUCCUGAAAAUUGACCAGAUCACUUCUUGAUGUACUAGAAGGAGAUUCUGAAAGUCUCAACCAGCACAACUUCCUAGUUCUUAAGAAAUAGGAGUCUAAAGUCCCAAAAUAGCUCAUUUUGAGCGUUUUCUUCGAACUUGUAGCGUCUUUUUUCGAAAAAGUAGAGAGUUGUGCAGGUUGAGGCUUUCAGAAUCCUCUGGUACUUCAAGGAGUGUUCUAGCCAAUUUCAGGAAAAUCCCAACCGCAAAUUAAAAUGAGUUUCCUGGUCAGCUAUCAUUUCCAACCGCAGCGCGACCGCGACGCGCCUAGCCAUUACAUCACAGCUUUUGAAGAUAAUAUAUAAUUGUCUAGUGCAUUAGAAGAUCGGCUUUGUUACGAUUUUGAAAUCAUUUCAUUAAAAGUGAUAUUACCCCUCGAUUUUCUUCUCAUUUGGCUUUUUUUCGUUCCCUCACUCUUUCCAAGCCAUUCUUCGCAGGGUCCAACUCCAACGACGACACUCGACUUCUGGAGAAUGAUCCUACAGGAAAAUAUCAAGAUUAUCUGCAUGUUGUGCGAAGUUUAACUAAAAAAGCUUUUUGAUAAGAAAUCUCUGAAUAUUCAGACCAUGGAGUACGGCAGAGAGAAGUGCCAUCAAUACUGGCCUGCAACGGAUAACGUCGUUUUAGAAUUUGGAGGUUUACUGGGGAGCAAGAGAACGAUGGCGACCUGAAGAGACGCCAGACAGUGAGAGGGUUUCCAAUUGUCUGGCAUCUCUUCGGGCCGCUGCUGAUCUUUCGAUUUCGCUCAAUCUCUUUGCUCAUUUUCAUGUGAGACUAUGGUCCGAUGCAGAUGUAGCUUUUCACGGUUAUCUUGAAUAUGAGCUUGAAAAAUGAAAAGCAGGUCUGUGAAAAAAGUUAUGAGCGAUCAAAUUGGAACGGAAGGUCUAAUAAAGUUUGAAAAUAUCUUGCAAACUAGCUUGGGAAAAUUAAAUAAUCGAAAUAAUCAACUUCGAUUUUGAACCCUAUUGGUCAUCUCUGAACAUCCAAAAUGAGCUUAUCAAAAAUUUUCCACAACCUUACGACUGUGAGCAUAACUUGGAAGUUUUUGAGAACAGAUCCGAGUUUAACUCAAAAAGCUGCAUCUACAACAAAGUUAGACCAACUUCAAAUAUCUGCUGUGACCAACUUAUAGUCAUUUUUAAGCUCCCAUCCAUUUGACGGAGCCCAAUCUUCAACUACAACCUGUUUAGGGAUCUCAAUCAGGAACCUGAGACUGGAGAAAGAGUUUGAGAACGGAAUGAACAGGUCGCUCCUCGAGAUCGACUCAGAGGGGAUCAAGUCGUACGUCUGGCACCUGCACUGCAAGAGUUGGCCCGACAAGACGGUGCCCCUCUCGAAUAUGAGCAUUCUCCGAGUCCUGCACUAUCUGCGCGCCAUUCCCGGGCCGGUCGUCGUCCACUGCUCGGCUGGCAUCGGUCGCACCGGCACCUUGGUGAAGACUUUGUGCGCUUAACUCAUCAGUCUUUUUAAUCGACUAUUGCUGCGUUUGAGCAUUUCUGAACGCGCUUCUGAUCUCUAACCUCUGAAAAGGGUGUUCGUUCCACCUUGCGGUCUGGAUUUUCCUGAAAAUCGGCCAGAACACCCCUUGAUGUACCAGAUUCUGAAGUUUUAACUUGCGCAACUUCUAUUUUUCGAGAAAGGACACCUUGAAUUUGAAGAAAACCCUCACAAUCCUUUAAAAUAGACUAUUUUUGGACUUUGAGUCCUCAUUUCUCGAAAACUAGGCAGUUCCGCACGUGGAGACUUUUGAGGCCUAGUAUAUCAAAAAAUAUUCUUUUCCGGAAAUAAAUUUAGGGACCUUGUUAGGGACAAAAAGGGCCCACUAUAGGGCAGAAUUUAGGUGGUCCCUAUAGGGUUUUAGGGUCUGUCUGUUUCUUUAAUAAUGAUCAACUAGCAUGCCCUCUAUCAGGGCCACUUUCGCAAGCUUUAGUGAUCCCUAUAGAGGCAGGUAAAGUAGUGCCUUGAGGAGGGGGGGACUACUCAAAAAGUUCUUACCAUUGUUUCUUGUUUGGCUUUUAUAAUUUCAAGAUUCAUACGAAUCUAUUUUCAAAUAAUCAUUCCAGGUGGCCGUAGAAGUCGCACUACAGACGCUUUACAACGGCUAUGAGCUGGACCUGUACAAAUGCUGUUGUUCUAUCCGAAGUUUGUCUCGCAGAACCUGAAAGAAGCGGAAGAAAAAUCUGGAGGGAGACUAGAGAAACGGAGGCUUUUAUUUUCUCUGGCCAGUCUCCCCAGGACCACACGCUUAUCUUUGAAAAAGCGCUUCAAAAAAUUAUUUUCCAGACUACCGUAUGAGCAGCGUCCAGGUGGAUGUGCAAUACCUGGCCAUCGCCGAAAUCGUCGCCGACUUCGGCUUGCGAUCCGGUUUCAUCAGCGACAAUGACCUCAAAGACGUACUGAAAAACUGAAAAAGCUUUUUUUAAAGCUUAUAACUUUAGAAUUACGAACUUUUGAAGCUGAAUAUCGCUUCCUACGUUCAGACCAAGGGUCCCGAAGCGGCUCCUGUCUUGAACAAACCGCUUUUCGAACCGGAACCGGCUCCUCCGGUUAACCUUGAUAGAUUGAGAGUUCUCAUGAGAAGUUUUUAGAAAAACCGAGACAAUGAUGAAAUGCACAUAAAGAAUGAUAAUGAACGCACCGUCGACAAGACUUUCGAAAAGAACACUAAUACCAACGACGACGAGGAGUCUCUGAAGAAGCCCAAGAAGGAGGUUGGGAAUCUAGGAAAAAUAUAUUAGAUUCUUAUGAAGAAUCUAGCGAAAAGACUGCACUCAUAAUUUGAGAAUUUCAUAGGAAAAAAUUAGAAUGUUCUUUAAACUUUUGUUCAUCAAUUGUUUUGUAAAAAGCUUAGGAACUCCAGAGUGGUCCCUAGAGGGGCAAGCUUAGUGACCCUUGAAGGGUUCUAUCUAGGGACCACUUUACCAACCCCUAAAGGGGCCACUGAAGCUUGCAAAAGUGAUCCCUAUAGGGGACAUCCUAAUCGAUGCUUUUAUGUGCUCUAGCGAAAAAGCAUUCAAUGCGAAAAUUUAAAGACGUAAAGGUUUUUCAAUUGAAGUUGAAAGACCCCUAUAGGGAACACUUGAGCUUUAGGGGUUAAAGAGUCGGACCCUAAAACCCUAUAGGAUCCACCUUGAUUUAACUCCUGAGAAGUUUUGAGACUUUUUGGGGUCGACAAAUACAAGUAGAAGAAAAUUUAAUAUCCUUACUCUCCAGGAGAGGAGUUGAACUUGUAACCCUGUGAACUUUCGAAAAGCCUUCCACCAACUGAGCUAUGCUGCUUUUCGGAAAAGACCUCUUUCAGACCAAUAACGCUCCAGCCGCUCAACCCGGAGCCAACCUGGCCCGUCCCACAAAACCAGCGCCGAAUAAUGUUGCACCGCCGCAGGCGCCCCAGCUAAAGGUUCUACCAGAGAUGAGAAAUUAUUAUCCUGAGAUUUCGCCUCAAAACCUUUGAUAUAUGUUCGGAAAAAAUUAUCCGCGCUAAAUUUCAGUUUUGAAAUAUCAUUGUUUCCUUGCAUAAAUGUUGAGACUGAUCCUUUCAGAUUUUUUUUUCCUUGAUACGAAAAUUUGAAAAAGUUGGAUUGAACCGGGAAAGUUAGAUAAAAAGGAUUUGAAUGUAUGGAGCAGUCUUCAUUAUGACAAAUAUAUAUAACGUAACAGAUAAACGGUUUACGAUAUGGUGGUAACUUGAAACGCGAAAUGGAAUUUGAAGCCGUCUACAGUAUCAAAAAAAAAAAGUUUUUUCAGGCUUCAGCCGAUGCGAUAGGUAUUCCGCCUGGUCCAUCUCCGGCUGUCACUCAGUACGUGCAGCUGAACGCCCUCAAGCCCAAGGCGUCGUCUGGACAGAAGCAGCAGCCGUCGGCGACGCCGCCUGGUCCGCCGAAAGCCUGUCCGCCACAGACAAACCAGGUAUUUAGUCUGUCCAGUCUCCGUCCGAACUAGCCUAUCAAAAUUGAUUCAGUCUCCCCCAAAAAAAGUCUUUAGUUUCACCCCCCUUCGAAAUUAGCCUUGGUUGGGUGGGGGAGGGGGAUUUUGAAACUUUCCUAUAUUUUUGAAUGUCAAGUACAAUGACGUCAUCCGGAAACGCUCCGUGGAUGGCUCGCUCUCUUAUUGGCUUAUCGGGCCAUUAGGGGCGGAGCUUGAGCGACGACAAAAUCUUAACAGAUUCUACUCAAGUUCUCAGAUCCUCAUUAGCUCAAACGAACUAGGCCUCUUCCGAAAAUUUGAUGUGACCACUUUAGGGUUUUGACCUUUUAGCGGCCACUAUAGUGGUCGAAGUAGUGGUCACUUUAGUGACUAAAAUUUAUUGGCCUCUCAAGGAGUCUGAGUGGUGGUACUAUACCACAAAAAACUACUAUAAUGGUCCCCAAGACGCAAAACAGUGGCUUCUAUAGAGGUGGUUUAAGUGGCCACUUUAGUGUCUUUUCCAAGUAGCCCUUGAUGAACCCCGUGGCCACUAGAUUAUUUCCGCAGUCUGAUGUUUUUUUUUAAAGUUUAGCUUAUAUCAGAAUCUUAUUUUCAUGGAAUUUAGUAAUUUGUUUCAUGAAAGGAAUGGAAGUUUUUUUAUUUUAAAAAAUUAGAGGAAUUCCAAGGAAGAAUUUUUUUGAAGUCAGAGCAAUCUUAAAUGUAUAAAUAAUGCUGAAAAUGGCUUUUCGUCUCAACCCCUUUUGAAAAAAAAAAUUUUUCACAAGAGUUUUCUCGUCUUUUUAAUCACUAUUUUCUAUGAAAGAACUUGCAGCAGCCAAAAAUCGUCCCGCCGAGGCCCGUACUCCCUCCAUCUCACUGA